GUGGCGCUGCGAGCGCGUCUCCCCGGAAGCGGCAGGGCCGCGCUGACCGACUUCCCGUGGCGGAGUUCGUGUUAGCGCAGGCGCAGUCGAAGAGCGGCAGACGCUGGAGGCCCGCUGAGUGGUGAGGUAGGAUGCCGUACGCCAACCAGCCCACCGUGAGGAUCACGGAACUCACCGACGAGAAUGUCAAGUUUAUCAUCGAGAAUACGGACCUGGCGGUGGCAAAUUCUAUCCGGAGAGUCUUCAUUGCUGAGGUGCCCAUAAUAGCAAUUGACUGGGUUCAGAUUGAUGCCAAUUCCUCAGUCCUUCAUGACGAGUUCAUUGCUCACAGGCUUGGAUUAAUCCCCCUGACUAGUGACGACAUUGUGGACAAGCUGCAGUACUCCCGGGACUGCACAUGUGAAGAGUUCUGCCCUGAGUGCUCGGUGGAGUUCACCCUCGACGUGCGGUGUAAUGAAGACCAGACACGUCACGUCACGUCUCGAGACCUCAUCUCCAACAGCCCCCGGGUCAUUCCGGUGACAUCCCGCAACCGAGAUAAUGACCCCAGUGACUAUGUGGAGCAGGACGACAUUCUCAUCGUCAAGCUGAGAAAGGGCCAGGAGCUGAGACUUCGAGCCUAUGCCAAAAAGGGCUUUGGCAAGGAACAUGCCAAGUGGAACCCGACUGCAGGGGUGGCUUUUGAAUACGAUCCUGACAAUGCCCUGAGACACACGGUGUACCCCAAGCCAGAGGAAUGGCCGAAGAGCGAGUACUCAGAGCUGGAUGAGGAUGAGUCGCAGGCUCCCUAUGACCCCAAUGGCAAGCCGGAGAGGUUCUACUACAAUGUGGAGUCCUGUGGCUCUCUGCGCCCUGAAACCAUUGUCCUCUCAGCCCUCUCUGGAUUGAAGAAGAAGCUCAGUGAUUUACAGACCCAGUUAAGCCACGAGAUCCAGAGUGACGUCCUAACUAUAAACUAGCUGCAGCUUACCUGUUCCAGCAAAAACAGCAGUUCAAUUUCAGGUCUCCUUAGACUUUUGGCUCCUGGGGACUGGACAGCUGUUGCUCAAGCUUCUUGGCAAGCCUUCAGUACCAACUACAAAGGUAGCAGUGGAGAAGGGCAGGUCCAUCCCAGCCUUGCUCAGUCGCAGAUGGGUUACCAGGGGUGCCACUGCUGUUGGAUGCAGGACAGUUUUUCACCAGCCAUUUAGCAUCCCUGGCCCUGCCUACUGAUUGGCUGUAGCACUCCCCAGAACCUCCCUUCUGCCCUGUUUCCUAAUGUGUCUCUAGGGGGCCAUACUGUUUCCCUGUUGAGAACCACUGAGCUGGACUCUCCUCUUUUAGUCAUUUCAGCUCUAAAUUUACUUCAAAUCCUCUCUGUCCAAAAGUUGGAAUUUUCAGUUGUACCUUAGGCUUCUGGUGUUAGGAUUGAGUCUAGAACCCUCUUUCAGGCUGCCUGCAAGACCUUCCAGUCCCUGCCCCAGCCAGCCAAUUGGUACUUUACUCAAAUUCCCAAGUGUCCCUAAUUUGAGGACCCUUUGAGAGUAUGAUAGACCCUGGCUAGUCCUCUCUUCCCUCCAGUAAACCUUGUAUUUUGUUCUCUAUCCAUCAGUUAAUGAACUUCACCAAUAAUAGCCCAAUUAUUCAAUUAGGAGGGGGAAGGCCUUAAUGAAGGCCUGAUCUUGCCCCUUUGGCCUUGUCGGUAGGAACACACCCAAAGCAGUUAAUUAGCCUGGCAAGAGAAGCCUGGAGGUAACUAGAGAUCUAGUACAGAAAGGAAGGGAUAUUUAUUAACAGUAGUUGUCUUUUAAAAGUUUUUAUUUUUGGCAAUAAAGAGCACAACAUCA